UUAUGGUUAUGUCCAAUGUGUCAUCCAACGGAUUCAUGCCUCAAGUAGUCCAACAGAAUAAUUUCUCGGCAGCUAAUUUGCCAGGCCACAACUUCCGCGCCAAUGCCAGUGCAGAUAAUCUCAGGUUGAUGAACGGAGUGAGCGUGUCGGCGGCGGCUUCUUCCGAUGCAGUGGAUAACCUGGAGAAUGAACUGAGUGCGAUGGGUAUCAGCACAGGUGCAGGUGCUUCGACAGGGGCAGGGGCCGCUGGGGGAAUCAUAUCUCAUAAUAGUAAUAGCAGUAAUAUUUUAAGCAACCACAACCUAAACCAUAUAUCAGUGACUAAUAGCAGCAGUACAAACAACACCCACCACCACCACGGCGGACCGAUGCUCAUGCACUCGCAGUCGUACACGCACAUGAACGGAAGUGUCGGCGGGCCAGUGUCAAACCACCAUCACCACAACAACCCCAGCUCACACCAGCUAAGGGCCCAACAACAGGCGGCCAUGAUGGCCAUGAAUUCCAAUGUGCCAACGACCUCCUCGGUCAUGUCUUCGACGCGUCUCUCUUCCAACGUGGCAGCCGCCAACAACAUGUUCCACCACCGUCACCACGACUCGUCGGCCGCCCAGGCCCUCUCGCAACAGCAAUACAUGAGUGCAAACUCGCACAAUCUUGUGAACUCGGAUUACGGACACAAAUUUAACGCAUCGCCAAACGCCAAGUCAUCCUUACAGUCUCCCAAAAAGCAAGCUAACGGAGUAAAUGGAUUCGUGAACUUGCAGAACCCAAACAAUAAUUCUAAACAUUCCGCCGCAAUGUACGCAAUGCAUCAACACGGUUACCUUCGUGGUCACGAGGGGUACUACAAUGGUGCUAACAUGGCUCAACAACAACAUACCAACAACCACUCCUCUAGACGAUCAGGACUUAAUAACGGAGCUAAUGGACACCAAAUGCACCAGCAUCAUAGUAGCAACGGGGUGCCGAACGGACAUAACGGGAGCAGACAUCACCACGUGGCCAGAUCCCUAAAUAUGAAAGAGAGACCCCCAUUGUUGAGAGAUCAACGAACGGGUAAUGAGGAUAUGGAUACGGUUCUGAAUCAGUUCAGAGAGACGCUGUACACUCUGACGUGGCAGCCAGAUCUGUUCGACCAUCUGGUUCCCUACCUGGUGUCAGCACUGAACUGUGGGAAGGUCAAGAUGGAAACGAGUGAGAAGCUGGCGCAUAUUCUAGUUACAUGGAGCGUGUCGGAGGAGAACUUCCGGUUCACAGGUGCUAAAUUGUCCCACUACCUCUGUUUGCCGGAACAACUCAGCUUUCGCUUCAAGGAACACUUCUUCACUACAGUGCGAUUGGAAGUGGACAAAAUGGGACAGCUGAUCAAGAAUCAGUCGGCCUCCAACCACCAGAAGCUGGAGGGAGUGCUCCUCUUCAUAUGCGAACUGUACCUCAACAUGGGAGAAGUAGUUUCGGAUGGAUAUGGGAACCUGAUCAACGUGAUCAGAAUAGACUUUCUGAGGGAUGCUUUAAAGGACGCCUUACUCAAGAUCCUCGAACUGUCCCCAUUUGAUAAGCCAUUUCUGAUAGUGGGUAAGGCGCUGAAGCUAACUGGGGCAGCUCUAGACGAGAGUGAUGGCUGCGACGAGAAGACGAAGAGUUCGACUAGCAGAUCUAAGACUGACAGGAUCUAUACCCACAUACAGGCUAUCCAACAGGACACCAAUACCUCGCAACUUCGAUCUGAGCGAGUACGAUACCCGACAGCUUAUAUGCCAGAGUAUUUCACGCGACUGGGGAGGGGGAUAUGGGGCCGAAUGCGGCGGGAGAGACAGGAAUGACAGAGACCCUUUUUGCACCCGACGGAGGACUUCAACCAAGAACUGAGCGAAGCACUGGCAGCAUACGAAGAGAGCGCAAAUCACGUGGAGAUGAUGAGUGGGGCUGGAGACAUGAUGCCUCGUGUGCACACUUUGAACGACGACGAAGAGGCCGCAUUCGCCAUGUUCCUGCAGGAGAACGAACAACAACAGCAACAACAAACUAGUUCGGUCGUGGGAGCCAGCAAUACAGUUGGACAACAUCAACUUCACGGACACAAUACUGGCUCUCCCACCUCACAACAAGCAGCUCAGAUGCAGCCGCCGUCCCACCAUUGACCAAAGCCAACACUUCUGGCUAGCUCUCAAUCUCGUUCUUCUUGUUCUCGCAACCACGCUCUACUGCAGCAAUGCCACACCUCUACCUACCACCCAGCAACCAAACAAUCUCGACGACCAAUGUUAACUCUAAAGUAAACAACUAAACAUGCUAACGAUAGAUACAAUUUGCUCGCAAGUUCACGCAAAAAAAAACAUUAAAUUCCCCUCUUUGUUGCUAAAAUUGUGACUCAAAUUCUAUUAUCGUGACAUUUUUUGACGUUUUUGCUGCCAUGCCUCCAAAGUUGAAUAACCAUUGCUAAGACACUGCUGGAUAGAAACAUUUUUGGAUGUCUUAGUGGAGAUGUUUAUGGUUGGGGGAUUGAAGAGAUUUCUAUCCAGUUCAAUAGUUAGCCUUUGUCCUGUGAAAUGACUGUCCUUUCUAAAUCGGUGCUGGUUUGUCGCUGUAUCACAAAAAGACUAUGCCACAAAUAACAAACCUACUUGAUGUGCUGUACUGUUAGAAUGCAAUAUUAUACAAUACUACAUGUAUUUCAUCUGUUUAACAUCCCUCCUUGUGCUAUGCUUUGCCGUGUCAAUCUUCUGGUUCGAUGCCUGGCAAUCGAUACUUUUGGAACCCCCUGUCUUCUCUGCCUUUUGUCUCGCAGAUUAAUAUUUUAAAACCAGAAAUGGCUUAUCGGAGCUUUAAACAUUUUAGAAGCUAUCGAUAGAUAUAUAUUUGUGCUUUAUGUUAAUACAAGUUUAACCAUUUGAGGUUGAUGAGCAUUUCUGCAUUUUUCAAAUUUUAUUUAAUGUGCCUAUCCUUUGCUCUGCUCAGCUCACGACUGAUGCAAUACACUGCAAACUAGAUUUCGAUAAGACCCCUCAAAAGAUUUUGUCCAAAAAUGAAUGCUUGAAGCUGCAAUAAAAGUGAUUAGCGUUCUUAGAUGAAGAGGAAAUUAUUCAUUUGAGCAGUGGUAAGGGGUCCUAUCUCAAGUAAUAUCCGCUCUAUUUUUCUAGUCGAUGCUAAGUUUGUGACCAGGGUUUCAAGAAAAUUUUAAAAGAUCUUACGUCCCGGUUUUCUUGGAACCCAGUUAGUGACGUAAUAAAUUGUGCAAUUUGCCCCCAUGUCUCAAAAAGAUCAGCACUUCGCUCUGUUGUGUUGCAUCAUUUGCUCUAAAAUUUAUGUUUAUUUGUUAAAUGAAUUUAAUGUUUUUGUGGAAGAAUAGCGUAGAUACUACUGUUUGAGAAAUUGACAGAAACUCAUUAUCCAAUCUGAACUUGAUGAAAUGCUACAUAUCCUAGUCGGUUAAUUUAUCUUCUGUCUUUUUCGUCUUUCUGAGUUGAAUGCAUAGUUCUAAAUAAGAAAUUUUAAUGCGCAGAGAUUACUAAAUGUUUAUAUUGGACUACUACUCUUUGGUUGCUUACUAGAUCAUGUUCUGGUGCUUCUCAGUUUUUUGUUCUGUUGCGUUCUCUUAUCAAGACUCAAAAAGACACCCAUCCUCUGAUGACGUCACAGCAGCAGAACUUCGUCAUGGACUCCUGUCGUUUAUUUCCCUACCAUAAUAAUAAAUAAUAAUCAACAACCAAUCAUGGUGCUUUUUUCAAGUGACAUUUCAAUAAAAAAGGUGACGUCUGGAUUUCAAAGUUGACUUCAAGAUGAGCUCCUCAUGAUUGCCAAUUCGACCCAAGAAAUGCCUAGUCGAAGUCGUAGUGUUGCAGUGCUGUGAUUCAUGUUAACGACAGUCUAGUUGUCACUUUGGUCUGCAGGUUGGACCCUAUCCUCAAUUGUGUGGCUUUGUUCAAGCUUCUUGUGUGUCUCCUAGACUACAAGUGAAAUUGACCAGGUCAACCAAGGUCACCUCUCUACCUCCUCUCUCAUCGAGGUUCCCUCCUUCGAUGCUACCAAUUUACGUGCUAAUAACUUCUCAACAAAGAACAGCCUGCUUUAGUCGCAAAGAUCUGAAAUAACCAAGUACAAGUUGUACUUUUGUAGAACAUAUAGCAAAUAUUCAAUUUUUUUUUAUUAAUAAUAGAUUAUUAAAAUGGAAAUGUUGCUUAGAAACGGCACUGAACAUUAGUAAAAGUUCAUUAAGGUACAACUUGUCUCUCUUUGACAGUGGUCAAAAACAGGCCAUUUACUUCAACCAAAAGCCACCUCAAAAUAUUUUCGCGUAUGCAAUUGCAUAUUGUCGUAUCGCUCAACUGAUCGAUAAUUAGAAAGAUACAAACUAUGAGAACUUGUUCAACCUUUAUCUAAAUUAUUAUACAAUUAUUAAAUAAUAAUAGCUGAUCAGUUGAGUCCCGCCCGAAUGUGUGAACAGAAUAUUCGACCCCUGCUCCUUUUCCUCCUCGUCGUCCUCCAGCUAAACUAUCUUAUCACUUUCCUUCUCUCUUCAACAUGGUGCUUAUCUUUCACUUAGAAGGGCCCAAAAGCCCCCAACCCAAACAUAUAACAAACACAUAUUAACAUUACAUUACAUUGUUAAGUUACUAUCCAGCAAAUCUACUAUCGUUGUUUAAUUAUGAUGGACCGUACUGUAGUACUGUACUGUCCUGAAUGUAUUGCAGUGUAAUAACUAGACGAAUUCUUAACUGAGUGCUGCUUAGAAGAACGUAACUAUUCUUAAACCUCUCAACUCAUGCGGUGACUGCAGUUAGUCAAGUCAAGAAGGAGCAAGCAGUGUUUUCGUAGCAGAAUAAAUGGUGUGUUUUAUCACGGUUUAUCCAUUUCAUUCAACCUACUUUUCGUAAGUUUAGCAUCCACAUUA